UCAACCCUCAGGGUUACCCUGACCUGUCGUUUGCUGGUCCAGAUCCCAAAAGGAUCGACCACAUUGGUACUUUCUCCCUCGACUUGGACGUAUCUUCUCAGGAAGGUCAGGACAUCCGCUGCUGGGACGUGGUGGUUGUACAUAUGGAUUGUAACAACCCAACUCCUCUGCGCAGGAAGCACACACAAUGGGACCACCGACAAGAUGAACCCCAGUCCUUGGUUCAUUGGCAUUGAUUUUACUGUCUAUCCCUUCUGGAUAUUAUACCUGGAGAUCUUCCUGUGACUGUUGGGACACCAUGUUUUCCUCCUUGUUGUGACCUUCUUUACCACCACCUCUAUGGAGAUAAUCAGAAAACCUUUGGGAACUGCCUGACAACACAAGAAUCUGUCCAAAAGUACGACAACAGUCAGUGCAACCUCACUUGAAAAGUGUAUUGCUCUUCAAACUAAGCAAGUGCUUAUAUGCAGAGACAAACAGAGUUAAUAUUGCAUCCAAUGACUCUUUGGAACUGAAGGGGGCUGGAAAAUGAUGGUUUUUAUGUUGCUGAGAAAUGGGAAGAAGGAGGGAGUGGAAGAGAUGGUGAAGGUGCCUGAAACAGCAGACGAAGAGCAAUGGUAAUGAAGAGUGAUCCCAACUCAAAAUAGAUAUUCAUGACAGCUGUGGAUAUUUGAAAAUAGAUUGGUUUUGCGAAGAGGAAACCCAAGUACACAAGACACUGGAGGGGUAAGCAAAAUGGAGGACAACAUUCAUGCUCUGAAGUUGUUGAACUCUGUGAUUUGUCUUGAAGGUUACAAAUGCCAAGAUGAAAAAUAAGGUAUUGUUCCUUCAUCCAAUUCCUGCUUCUGAUCAAAAUUGAGUCUUGUAUGUCACAAAUAGCAUGGUCUAUUUAAACUAAUUCGGCCAAUUACUACAGACACAAUUUGAAUAAUUCAAUCAAAUAAUUUCGGCCUCUGUCAGAGAUACUAAUAGAAAUAAUAGCUUGGUUACCCUUUGAUAAUUCAAUUGCUUUAUUUUAGGAAGAGUUUCCCAUACUGUAGUCUUAUUUCUCACAUAGGUUCUAAAGUUGUGCAUAAAAUUAUUGAAUCACCCCAUCCUUGGAAUUUAAAUUGAUUUUUCCAUUUGCCAACUAAGCAAAGAUGAAAAGAGCUUGUGCAAUAGAUAAAUGUUUUGCAAUUCCCUAAUCUGAUCGUAUUCUCUAAUAUGUUGAACUACGGUCAUUCAUGAGAUAACUGGAGCAGUAUAAAAGCAUGUGCACUCAGCACUUUGUUCUGGUUGAUCUUCAAACAACAAAGAUUUGCUUUUUCUUGAUUCUUUGCUUCAAAAACUGACAAGAUGCCAGCAGAUUACAAUGGUACAUGGGAGAUGAUUGAAAAUAACAAUUUUGAUGGCUACAUGAAAGCUUUGGAUAUUGACUUUGCCACCAGGAAGAUUGCUCUUCACCUCAAACAAACAAAAGAAUUCAAACAGGAAGGGGACAAGUUUAUCACUAAAACCCUAAGUACCUUCAGAAACUACAACCUGGAUUUCACAAUUGGAGAGGAAUUCGAGGAAUGCACAAAAGGCUUAGAUAACAGAACAGUCAAGACACUGGUGCAGUGGGAUGGGGACAAACUGCUCUGUGUCCAAAAAGGUGAGAAGGCGAACAGAGGCUGGAAACACUGGAUUGAGGGGGACAAACUGCACUUGGAAUUAACGUGUUGCGAUCAAGUGUGCCAUCAGAUUUUCCAGAAAAAGAAUUAAAAUGAUCGAUGCACAUAUUUGUUAAUCAGCAAAGAUCUGGAAAUAUUUCUUACAUGCAGCAGAUCCUGCCCAAUGUCAUUGUGUAUAUGUUUAUGCUGUUACUGUAUAUACAGUGAUUUAAAUCAUGAGGAGUUUAUUUGUACUCUACACCAUGUGGAAUAAAAACAUUAUGUUCAAA